UGGGCCCACAAUAGUAACUUGACGCCGCGCGAGGCCCUAAUCCAAUCGAGAGACUGCUAGCAGUUCUGCGUGGCGGGACGGGCACCGCUCUGCAUUGCGCAUCAUCAGUCCCUCUGCCCAGCGUCGCCGUUCCAGAAUUGUACGAAUCCCAUGGCUGAGAUCGCAGCAGAUGCCGUUCCGAUACAGAGGCAGAGCAACGGGGGGGCAGACGCUACUACUAUAAAUGCGGACGUGAAGAGCGUGGUGGCGCCACCACCACCAGCGCCGACGACGAAGAAGUCGAAAUCGAGGAGUAGCCGGGAGGCCGCGGCCAUCAAGAGGAGGUGCGUCAGCACAGCGUGCAUUGCGUGCCGGCGGCGGAAGUCGAAAUGCGAUGGCAACACUCCGAGUUGCGCGGCCUGCGCGAGCGUCUAUGGCACCGAGUGUGUGUAUGAUCCCAGCAGCGACCACCGACGGAAGGGCGUGUAUAAGGAGAAGGUCGACAGUCUGGCGACGCGGGGCUCAACACUGCAGACGUUGGUGCAGGCCAUCCUCAACGCGGCGGAGGACGAUGUCCCGGGUUUAGUGCACCAGAUCCGGACGUGUGAGAGCCUGGAUGAUGUCGCGGAUAGCAUCUUGCGGCAGGAGCAGGGUUUGGAAGACGAGGAGGACGAUGUUGAUGAUACGCGCCCGACCCUGCCGACCUUCGAGACGACCUUGUCGGGGAAGAUGGGAGAGCUGAGACUCGAGAACGGCUCGGUGCGGUUCCUGGGUGGUACCUCGAACCUCAUCUACCUGGAACCGAAUGAUGGGGAGGAAGGGGUCAUGGGGCAGGAGGCAUAUCAGCAGCAGGACGAGCCUUUGCUGAGUUGGACAACCGUCACCAAUGAUACGGAGGUUAUCGUGCAUUUAAUCAACCUGUACUUCACCUGGCAUUACCCUUAUUUUACGACCCUAUCAAAGAGUCUCUUCUACCGAGACUUCUUGCUGGGGAAACCAUCCGGCACUCCAAAGCGGACGGUGUAUUGCUCUUCGCUGCUGGUGAAUGCUAUGCUGGCGCUGGGUUGCCACUUCACCAACUCUCCAGUUGGUUGUGCCGAUCCCAAUGACCCCGCCACGAAAGGAGACGCAUUUUUUGCAGAAGCCAAACGAUUAAUCGUUGAAAAUGACGAAUAUGCCAAACCAAAACUGACAACCAUCCAAGCACUAUGCUUGAUGUCUGUCAGAGAAGCUGGGUGUGGCCGGGAGGCGAGUGGUUGGGUGUAUAGCGGAAUGGGUUUCCGAAUGGCGCAGGAUAUGGGCCUGAAUCUGGACUCUGGCGGGAUGACGAACAGCAAGGACGGCAUGGAUGAGCAAGAGAUCGAUGCGCGGAGGAUCACGUUUUGGGGCUGCUUUCUGUUUGACAAGUGCUGGUCGAAUUACCUCGGACGGCUACCUCAAUUACCGGUAUCGAAUAUCACGACGCCCAAGUUCGACGUAUUCCCUGACGAAGACGCUGAUAUAUGGUCUCCUUAUGCGGAGAACGGAAUCAGCCAAUUGCAUGCCCAGCCAUCGCGAACCAGGACGGUGGCAUUGCAGAUUACACGCCUUUGCGAAAUCAGCAACGAUCUGUUGCUCUUCUUCUACCACCCUCAUCAUCUAGAAAAAUCCGUGGGGAGGUCUCAGGAGCUGAAGAAGCUGAGUGAGCUACAGACAAGACUAGAAGCGUGGCGGAAGGAACUUCCGAAGGAGCUAGAGGCUAAAGAAGGACAACUGCCCAAUGUCUUGCUUAUGCACAUGUUCUUUCACCUAUUAUAUAUCCACCUCUUCCGCCCCUUUCUCAAGUACAGCCCCUCAACAUCCCCUCUUCCUGCACACGUCUCUCCACGGAAAGUCUGUAUUCAAGCUGCCUCUUCAAUUUCUAAGCUCAUGCGUCUCUACAAACGCACCUAUGGUCUGAGGCAGAUCUGUAACACUGCCGUCUACAUCAUGCAUUCCGCCUGUACUAUUCACCUGCUCAACCUGCCCGAUAAGACGGCAAAGAGAGAUAUUAUCCACAGCGUCAAACAUCUCGAGGAGAUUGCGGAAGACUGGCUAUGUGCUCGACGGACGCUGUCUAUCAUCAGUGUGCUGGCCAAGAAAUGGAAGAGCGAGCUCCCGGAGGAGGCCUCAACGGUCCUUGCUCGUACAGACGCCAAAUUUGGCUAUUUUGGUACAUCCGACGUCCCAUCUCCAAGGACUGACAUCGUCUUAACGCCACCUUCAUUAACAACCUCGCCGCGCGCUCCUCAGAGACCUCAGCAGACUCCAGUUACACCCCACAUCCAGACUCCCCCGAUAAAGAGCACUCCUAAGUACGCACUGCAUGAAGCUCCACCGGCGGCUUCCAACAGACCAGCAAACCCACCGGCGCGCCUAUCCCCGCAACUCGAGUACAUGCAUUCGAGGAACCCAGCACAAGCUCCCCGUCAAACAGACAGCAUCGGAACCAUAAACCUUCCAAACGAGCAACUCCUCUCAUCCGUCCCCUACCAGACGCCACUCUCCAACAACACGACCUCGAAAAUGAUCCUCGAGCAACGCCGAUCCCUCGUCGAAUCCAGGACCGCAUCAACGACGAUGACGCGGCCCGUGAGCCCGAACACGAUCCUCGGUGGCGUGGACACCAUGGUCGAGAGUCAGGACUGGUGGCUGCGCGACCAGGCCAACCUCGCCGUCGGCUUCGACAACUGGAUGGGCACGGAAAACGCCAUGGAUGUGAAUCCGGCUGGCGGCGGCGGCAAUAAUAAUUCGCGAUUGAACGGCGCCUCGGAUUUGAUGACUGGUAUGGGCACCCAGUUCUAUAUGCCCCCGACUGGUAACACGGGUAGUAAUGGCGGUGCUCUGGAUGGAGACUGGUCGGUCUAUAACUAGGGGAAAAAAACACAAAAUUUGGCGGGAUCGGGAUCAUCUUUACUUACUUAUAUAUGUUUGGGCAAAAAAAGGGUGGAAGGAAUGGAAUGGAAAAACAGGCACAAAAAAGCUUUUAACGAAACGCACUCGAGGCUAUUUUUUUGUUUUUUUUUUUUUCAAGCGGAAAGGAGGGAGAUCCUAACAUACAUAUUUAUGCUUAGCGUAUAUACAUCAUAGAUCCGGGUAGGUAGUUGGGCGUUUUAGAAUAGGAGCGGAGGGAAUCUUUUAGAUAUAUAGCUGGUUUCGGUUGGGAUGGUUUGGGAUGAUGGAUGGGUUGGAUUAUUGGGAUUCUUUGAGACUGUGGCUGGCGGCUGGCUGGGUCGAUGGUAUUAUAAAGUACCUAUAUAUAAAGUAUAUUUCGUCAUGCUGUGCUGUG